GAAUGGCUUUGAAGUUGUUCAUUAUCACUCUGCGUAGUAAUUGGUAAUAGGAGCUAUAGUACAAAUAUUAUGUACUUGCAAAGUACAAUAACCAGCUGAUAAGAGAAUAAAUAAAACUAUUUCAGCUUGAGAAAUAUUUAUAUUAUUGUACGAACUGUCAAAGCAGUAACGUGUUAGUGAUGUGUUUGGUCUAACAAUAAAAUAUUUGAGGUUAUAGUUUGUUUUUGUGAGUUAAUACUUAGUUUGUAAACACAACAUAACCUCUACACGUAUAGAAUCAAAGCAACCAUGUCCGUGGAAGGCGUGAUGGUGUCCUACAACUACUCCGAGGAUGGCGAGCACUCCAACAUCAUCACCGUCUCCGCGUCAGGGAUGAAGUUCUCCAAACGCUGGGUGCUGACUCAUGGAUCUAUCCUAUCGCCCCUCAAACAGGCACAAGCCAUCAACCACGCGAGAGGCAACCCUAUAUUGAAAGAGGAGUUCUACGACAACCUGCCGGAGAUAUACGUGACGUGCGAGAGAGAGACAAAAGAGGGGAACGUGUACGAUGACGUGGAGAGGCUUAGCAGGGAGAGGGAUGAUGAAUUGGAGCAUAGCAGUUACCAGAUUAGAGUGCUUACUGGGAGGAUAGUCCACGUCUGGCAAUGCCCGAUCCUGAGCCGCUGCGUGGAUGAUAUUCUCUACAGUUGGACCAUCGGGCACCGCGACGGUGACAUAGAGAAGCAAACACAGCUGGGAAAGGCCCUGCUUUCGGUGUUUGUGCUGGUAGACCUGGAAAGCGACGAUCGAGGUUUCAGGACGCUAAGGCCUCUUUCGGAGCUACUCGACUUAGUGAAACCGCCACCCGACAGAGGGUCGGCCGUGGAAGUCCACUCCACACCUUUCGGAUGCGAGGUGUUCCUUAAUGCGGUGACUCGUGGAUCGGUGUGCGGUGUGGUGGGGCGGCGGCCAUCGUUGCUACUUACUGACGCAGCGACUGCGCUGGGGUCUGAAGGCGGCCCGGUGUUCACAGAAGGACCCAACAAAGAAUUGAUAGGCGCAGUAGUAUGCAGCGUAUCAUGGUGGCGUGGGGAAUGGGUGGGGCUGACGCUAACGGCGCCACUGGUGUCAGUGCUGAGCGCCAAGCUGAGGGUGUCGCCACCAGCGGUACCUCGCCAGCCACCCAGCAGACAGUAUCAGGAGAUAUUUAACAGGAUCGACAAGACGACGGUGCUGGUGCGGUGCGGGGGAGCGUGGGGCGCGGGGGUGUACCUCGGCGGCGGCCAUAUUGCCACGUGCGCGCACGUCGUUAAACACUCCGCAAGCCACCAAGUAUCAGUAUACUGUCAAGGCGUAAGCGAAACAGCGAUAGUCCGCUACAAGACUCGCGAUGAUCGCGCGUACGAUUUAGCUCUUCUCUACACUAACCCUGAAAACUGGUCGCAUCUCCUGCCCGCUGUGUUUGCUGACAAGCCUGCUGAGAAAGGUGAAUCGGUACUAGCAGCCGGCUACCCGUACUUCAACGAAAACAUGCUGGAGAACUUGAAGCCGAACGUGACCGCUGGCCAUGUGAACAGCGUCUCGCCGUCCAUGAUACAGAGCAGUUGCUGCGUACAGUCAGGGUUCAGCGGCGGACCGAUCUUCCGGAUUGUUGACUCCAAUGUGGAAGUUCUGGGCGUCAUAGUCAGCAACGCAAAAACCAAUACGGGCGCGUGCUAUCCCUACAUCAAUAUGGCGGUACCUGCUCGAGCAUUCGUCGAUUCCAUGCUUCAAUACAUCACUGAUAAAGAUGGUGACCACCUGAAGCCGAUUGAAAACCACCAAGAAAUGAUUCAGUCACAGUGGAGGCUGCUUCCUUAUAGAUCUAAGAUAUGAUCUUAAAUGAACAAGAUCUUGCUUAAUCUUAAUA